CAGAGGAUCCCCUAUUCUCCAUGCAGCUCACCAGCCUCUUGCUUGCUAUUCUGAACAGCCUCCCAGGCUCCAACGCAGGCAUGCAGGGUGACUUUGAGGAGGUCCUCCAGGCCAUCCUCCAGAACCAUGCCAGGAAGGUCGAACGGAUUAAGGAGGUGGUAGUCGCCAUCUACACCUGCCUCCAGGUCCACCCAAACACCCACUGGGUCCGGAAGCUGGCGCUGAAGGCCUUGGGAUACCUGCUGCCUCACCACUUGGAGAAAAUUGUGCACAGCUGCCUCUCCUUCUCCUUACCUGUGAACAGGCAGGCCAUGGAACUCUGGACAGUGAUGGCUUCAGGUCCCCAGGUGGCCAAGCAAGUUUUGCAGAUCUUGUUGAAGAGUCUCCAGGUCAAGGACCCCUGCAAGAGCAACAAGGAUGUCAUCACCACAUCCCUGGCAGCCAUGAAUGUCAUCUAUGAAUCCUUUGCAAUCGCUACCUACAAUACAGCCAUGAUGGAGAUGCAGCAUCAAUUCUUCAUCCCAGUGCUGAGGCAGGUGGAGUAUGUACAACAGCUGGCUUUGCCUAAAGCCUUACGAGCCAGGAAAAAAGAGUUUAUGAGCAAAUCGGUGGAGAUUGUGAAGGGCCUCUUCUUGGUGGCCAAGGAUUGGACCGUCUUCGCCUGUGUCCAGGCCCAGGAGGGCUGGAUGAUGCUGGGCACUCCGGGGAAGUUCUUCCAGAGCACUCACCUGCUGGCCAGGGCUAUGAAGGAGUGUGAUAGUCCCCAGAUACCGGGGGUCCGUUCCCAGGCUAUUCUCAUUCUCAACUGUGACAAAGAUGAGAAGAAAGAGAGGAUGGCUAUGGCCCUCAUGGCUGAGUUUCUUAAGAGCCCGCCUGCUCUUCAGCCGAUAGACCGUUCAACCAUCAGGCAUCAGCUGAAAGAAGCAGCUGCCUCUUCCAGCCUGGUCCUUAAAGACCUGUUUUUGGAGGCCCUGAAAAGCCUUUCUGAGCCACGGGAGGUUGAGUGUUUGCGGGACCAGCUCCCGAAGAUCAUGGAGUCAGCAUUCAGCGGACAUGAACGGGACAUCAUAGAAGGCCUGAAGGAGAUGAUAGCCACUCUCCAUGACCUGGAUGACCAGGGUAUUGGAGCCCUCAUCUUGGAGGUGGCAAUGAACAUCCGCUCCUUCUUUGACGACGUAAGUACCAAACAUGGACAAACCUACGAUUGUCCCUCCUAGGGCCUCAUUUCCCACUAAAGCAUUGUGGAGGGUGGACAGCCCCCCUCUGUUCCCCAGAUCCCUGACUGCCCUCCAAUGAUGGUCAGCAGCUGCAGGCCAGAGAAGGACAGAGUGUCCCUGGAGCAAGUAAAAGUCCUGGUGAAGGAGCAGAGGCAUGCUUCAUGUGGGGAAGGACUUUAUCACACAGGAGGCAAGAAUCAUUCUCCUGUCAUUAA